CGUGCUGUGGAACGUGCGCAUGGACCAAGCUCGAACGCCAAGGGCCUUAGGUAGGUACCUAGAACGUACGGUUUACGGCUAAUCUGAUAUUCCACCUUCCAGGGCGGUCAAGAUUUUCAUAGGCGGCAGAUUUUACGUUGCUAGGUAGGUAUCUUCGAUAACGAAACAAUCCAUCCAAGCAUCCAAUCCCGCCACAAACCCUGCGACACUUCGCUUGACGUAACUCCGGAUUCCUCGCCUUCCGCAACAGGACUUCGUCCUUUUGUUCAAAAACACGCAGCAUCAUGGGUGUCGCAAAGAAGACGCGCAAGUUCGCACAGGUCAAGCGCAUAAUCUCUCGCCGCGACUCGCGCCUGCAAGAGAACCAAAAGAAAGCAGCGGACAAGCUCGCCGCGACCAAAGCGUCCACCUCCACCACCUCCGGAUCCGACGUCGUCGCCCGGCGGGAAGUCCCGCAGCUGCCGUCGUCGCUCUUCUUCCAGCACAACGAGGCGCUGGUGCCGCCGUACAGCGUGCUCGUCGACACCAACUUCCUCAGCCACACGGUGCAGCGCAAGCUGCCGCUCCUCGAGUCCAUGAUGGACUGCCUGUACGCCAAGUGCACGCCCAUCAUCACCAGCUGCGUCAUGGCCGAGCUCGAGAAGCUCGGCCCCAAGUACCGCAUCGCCCUAAGGAUCGCGCGCGACGAGCGCUGGGAGAGGCUGCCGUGCGAUCACAAGGGCGUGUAUGCCGACGAUUGCAUCGUCGAUCGGGUCAUGAAACACCGCGUGUACAUCGUCGCGACCAACGACAAGGAUCUCUGCCGCCGGAUACGCAAGAUCCCCGGUGUCCCCAUCAUGAACGUCGCUCGGGGGAAGUACGUGAUCGAGAGACUGCCCGGUGCUCCUCAGUAGCCUCCUUACCUGGUAGUCAGUCGAUCGGAAUUUAUAAGAUGGGAUAUAAUACGCAUUACAUGCAUGCCAUGCCAUGCCAUGCGCGAACAUAAAUAAGUCUUUACAUAGAAUUACAGGUGUCUCGGCGUUAGAUAUUAUUAAGGGGCUAGCUUUUACGGCAUACCGGACGGCGUUAUAGGUAGAUAAAAAAAAAAGAAGAGGCAAUCGAUUCAGCUACAGUAGCUACAAUACAGAGCAAUCAAGUGUGCGUGCGGGCGUAUGUACACAGUAUGUAUCCGAGUGUGAG